AAAACGACACAUUUGGUAUAACUUUGAUGCUUUAGAGUUAAAUCAUACAGUUACGUAAAACAACAUGGAAACAAAGUUUGAGUCAUAUAGAGUAUUGGUACGUUUAACGGGCAACGAAGUGCACGGGAUCAGUAAGUAAUAUAACAUAAAAUAUAUUAUGUUGACAUGGCGAUAAUUGACAGUCGAACAACAAUUAAUACAAUUGAAUAAAAUUUAAAUGUAAAUCUCCAUUACAACUCAUAUAAAAGUCGACCUUUGAGAAAAUUCUGGUGACAAGUUCGGAACUACCAAACUGCCUCGAUUUUUUGCGUUAAUAUCGUACCAUUGAAAAAUACGGGGGCGGUGUCACUUUAUCUUCUCUACUUCGUGGUUACUAUAAUACUGAAUUAUUAAUAUUUUAAUUUUUGUUAGUUAUUUCCAUUUGGUCACUACGUUAACCUAACAUGUUUACAAAUCGUAUUUAUGUACUUAUUGUGUGUUCAUUUAUUCAAAACCAAAAUAAACAAUGUCAUUUUAACUAUUCUGUUCACUUAAUUACGAAAGAACAAUUAAAAUAAGGUAUUUGAUAUAGCACCCGGUAUAGAGAAUAGUUCAACAAAAUGGAAAAAGUACCUCACAAUAAUGUUUCAUCGGAAGUAGGUUUACAUGAAAACAUUUCAAAUAAAUCAAUGGUUCGAGAGUAUUAUGAGGAAACCCAGGAACGGAAACGACGGACACAGCACUCGAUUGCGACUAAAAAUUACUGUUUGGCCAAGAAGAAUUACGAAGAUUUUAAGAGACAAACGAAACAAAUAACAAAAAUCAAUAGAAAACAAAUCACGGGACCAACAUGGUACCAGGAAUUGUCUGACCAACAGAUUUCUGUACUGGACAAUCUUUUUCAUAAUAUGAAGGAAGACUUCGAUUUGGCCACAUCAAAGAGUACAAGGCGUGCUCUCAAAGCUUUAGGUGUUCGUACAUUUAUCCCCCAUACUGUGGCAGUAGAUGCUUUGGUAAAAACUGAACUUUAUGUGGUCGAUUUUCUGCAGAUAAUUAAAGAUUACGUGAUUCAAAAGAACAAUGAGAAAAUGUCCGAUCAAACAAUUUCAGGUAACAUAAAAAAAGAUUAUUUACCAGAAGAAAGAAUCUUGAUGAGUAGUAUACUUCACAUAGCAUAUCCGUGUUUUAUCAAGAGACUAAAUUAUUUUCUCAAGGAAGCCGUACCUGAAAAAAAUCUUGAAUACAUGAAACUUCCGAAAUCAACGAGAUCCACGAAAAAAUAUACAUCUCCCUAUUUAGAACCGUUACCCCAACCUCAUCACCCGUGGAUUAAAGUGAAAGAGGUUAAUUUCCACAAUAAGAAUGUAAGACAACAAAGGAGACAUAAUAAAAUGAAAGCAAUACAAUUGCAACAACAACAUAACAAGGAGCUUGAAGAGGAAAAAAAGACAACAAUAAGAAUGAAUAUCGCUUACCCCGAUAAUUCAGUGAAAAAAAUGUUUUGCAAACCACCAGUGUUAAAACCGUUGAAGAAUGAAGACGAAAAUAAACUGGAAAUUGAGAGUCCAACAGUAGAAUCCUAUAAUUAUGAAGACGACGUGAUGCAGAGUAGUGGUGAAGUGCAGACAGCGAUCGUGGAGGAUGAGGAGGAGUGGCGGCAAGAGCAGGAGGAUGUGUGGCCCAAAACCAGUAGAGAGUUCGUGGAGAGCGAAACGUGGCAUUCCCGACGAUGGUCGACGGCUUCUAUGGCGACCACGAUGACGGAAAAUACGAUCACGUACCACCAAACCAGACGGGCUGGCUCACAGACACUGCCACCUGCGCAAAACAGCUGGUUGAAAAAGCCAUUUGGUUGGCUCAGCGCUGAUUACAAAGCGUCGAAUGUUUCCAUCGAUUCGAUCGCCGAGUCGUCCAACAGCACCAUAGUCGAAACGAACCCGCACAAGACGGUUGUAGUGAUCGAUUUCGAUAGUUCGGUCGACCACUUCAAAUGCGACGAGACGACUGGGGACAACGGAAAAAAGCUAGAUGGCAAACCGGAAUAUGCCGGUGAGAGUGACGAUGACGUGGAGCUAUCCGAGACGUUGCGCGACCUCACCGUUACAAAGAUGGGCGCGGACGAGGAAAAAAUUUAUCAGAUGUUCCAAGAAUACGAUGCCAACAUGCGGGCAGGCAACAUGCAGCAGCCGUCAGUGUUUUCGUCGGGCACCGGUAUUACGGUAGCUAAAAUCGACCGGACCAAACAUGUAGAUACACCGUCGAUGAAAGGCAUGCCAGGGACGCCUUUGCCGUCGGUGGUGCAGGUGGCCGUCGAAGGACAGUCGGCGAGAGCACUAGGCAAGAAGUCAUCCAUAGUAGACUUACCCCCCAAUGAUCGUGACAGCCGUGGAGUGACUAUACAUGCUGACAACCACGUCAGCGAAACGUCUGCGGCGGCGAGCGACUGCGAUCAUGACCAGGCCACUGAUAAACGACCGCCACCACUCAUCAACGAGGACGGCUCGGUAAACAUGACAAGACUGCACUCUGUAAUUCACAAAUUACCGAAUUGGAAACAACUAAGAGUUGUAUUAAAAUUGAUGUCAAUUAUGGGUGACCCUGUGGCAAGUUUUCCGGAAAUAAUUGAACUGAACAAAUUGCGGAGAUGGUACGAAGUACGGAUAAAUGAAAACAGACAUAUGACGUUGAAAAUGAAACAAAAUCUGAUGGUUCAGUCGAUAAACGCGUGGAGUGCACCACGGAUCAAACUGACGUCCGUUAACGUACCACAGAACCCAAUGCAAGGUGAGGGAAAAAUUGGUGCGAUGAAAAUAACUUGGAAUCGAGUGAACGAAAUGAAACGCAAAAUCAAAAAGACUAAAUCUGAGUAUAUCGACAAACUCAAACGUGUGGCGAUCAACAACGCGAGAACAAUGUACCAGACUAUGUAUAAUGACUAUUACAACAGCCAUUUGAGCAGAAACUUUAAACAGUCGUAUUAUGAUUAUUUCCCGGCAAAAGAUGAUGAUUGCUUGUUCGAGUAUGUCGCUGAUAGAAAGAACAACAAAUAACAACACCGUGGCCGUGAUCGAUGUUUUUUUAAAUAUGCCUACAUAAUCAUGAUAUAAUAUUAUAUGCAAAAGUUUAAUUCAAGAAAUCAUAGAGUUGCGAAAGGCUUAAUUUUAUUUGAACCUGUGCUAUCCAUAAAACGUAUACACAAUACACAUAAGUACAUAAGCCAGAUGCGAAUAGGUCAGUUGGAUCAUCUUUCCGAUGAGCCGGUCCUUGUGUAGGCCAAAUUAUAAUUAUAUGAUAACAAAAAAAAAGUGAUUGAAUACAUAUAAAUUAAUAAAUAUUAAUGCAAU